GAAAUUAAUGUUGUGUUGCUGCGCGAGUGAAAAUUCAGUUAAUGAUUCUAGAGAAAAAUUAGUGCUGGAGGCGGAUUUGAAAUGAAGUAAAUAAGUUUAGAAAUGAAGUCACAAAAAGCACUUUUCAUCAUCUAUGUUGGAACAUUUUUUGCAAUUAUUUUUUGCAAUAAUGCUGAAAGUGCUAGACAAAAAGUGGCGAGAGUGAACAUUAAGCGGAAUGCUUUGGUGAUACAAGUGAAAAAAGCAGCUAAAUCUUCUGUUAAAAACCAGAAUGUAAAAGGCAAGCAAAGCAGGGUCAUGAUAGUGAAGUGCUGCGGCAAUAGGAAAUGCUCUGGAAUUUCUCAAUUCAAUCAAAAGAAUAAGAAAAAUAAUACAUCAGCGCGAGUAGCCAAAAUCGUAAGAAACGAGCUGAAUGGACCAUCCAAUAGAUUUGUUGUAAUUGGCAGAAAGAAAUACAAAUUCCCUCCAGAAAUGGCCACUUUUGAGGAGGCGAAGAAGAUUUGCGAAGACCAAGGAUUAGAUUUGACGUCACCAGCCAGCACAAAGGAAACCAAAUCAAUUGACGAAUAUCUCAACUACAUCGGUUUAGGAUCUGAGCCUUUGUUCACCGCUUUUCCGACGGACGCUUCUCUCAGCGGGGCUAAAUGGGGCUCUGACAAACCCCCAGGGGGGCCUGGCGAAUGCCUGACCCAGUACAAGGGAUCUUUGUACAACGCGUCCUGCGAUCAACAAUCGCACUUCUCCUGCCAGGAAAAGCCCUUGCCCGAUGGCGUGACGCAAUCCUAUGACAUGCUUGCAUCAAUCGGAGAUGCGGUGCUCAACUUUGUUGGUGGCAAAAACAUAAUUGCCCCCUCGGAAAGGGCGAGUGUGCCCGAGGCCACUGGCAUGUGCAAGGAAAAGGGCAUGGACCUGAUGAGUCUCGAUUCGCUGACCCAGCUGAGCUCUGUGCAGGAUUUCCUCGGAGGAAUCGGGCUCUCGUCAAGCACUUUGCUGACUUCGAUGAAGAAAGUUGACGACUCGGGCUCGUCCAACUGGCUCGGCGACUUGGCCUCGGCUUUGCUGCCGCCGCCGAAGAACCCCGCGGACCAGGGCGACUGCAUGGGAAUCAGUUCUCUGGGCAUUUUGGGCGUCAGCUGCGACAUGGUUUCCAAUUUCGUGUGUCAAGCGCCGCCGCCCAAGCUCAUCGGCGACAACGGCAACGAGCUGCCCUUCAGCAUGGAUUUGCUAAACAUGGCCAAUUCGCUGGGCAUUGAAACGUUGCUGGAGCCGGCAACUCCGGAAUCAAAAACAACACCGGCAAAAGCAACUCAGAAGCGGGUUUUGAAAACAACACUUCCAAUGUCACGUGGAACUACUUCAAAGACAGCAACCGAGUUGGUUAUGAUAACUGACACAGAGGUGAUGGAUGGAACACCAUUAAGUGACGCGUCGGAGUCUGAUACAACAACUCCUGCUCAGACACCGACCGAUUUGACUGUUGUAAUCGCGAUAGGGGAGAUAACGACGGUAGUUGAACAACAAACAACACUUCUUGUCACAACUGCUGUCGCCCCAACAGUUGCAUCAACAGUGUGGGCCCAGACCCAAAACCCUACGCCUGCAGCUUUUACUUCCACACUAGCCCCAGUUAUCACCACGACAUUAAGCGCAGCUCCAAUAAUAAACGAGAGCACAAGCACAUCCACAUCAAGCACCCCAACGACUUUAACCACGACUGCAAAUAUCCCAACAACUUCAACCACAACUACCCUAUCAACUUCAACCACAACCACAACCCCCCCAAUAACUUCAACUACGACAAAAACUACCCAAACAACUUUAACUACUAAAACCACCACCACAGUGUGUCCAAAUUUUAAUAUUUCAAAGGUUUACACCACUUGGGAAAGUGCCCGAUUGGAUUGCAACAGAAUGGGAAUGGACUUAAUCACCAUUGAUUCACAGCCUAAAGAAAUUUGUUUCUUCACAUAUUUGCAAAAUCAAAGUAGAGUCCAGGACACGUUCUGGAUUGGCAUAAGUUCAAUUGCACAGAGUUCAUUUAAGUGGGCAAAUGACAACUCUUCUCUGUCUUAUGUGCAAUGGCAAAAUGGAUUUCCAACUUCCAAAAAAAAGGAGGCCUGCGUCUCGUCUUCGGAUGGCAAGUGGAAGAAUCAAUUGUGCACCGAUAUUAACUUUUAUGCUUGCGAACCGUCAAAACAUAAAAUCAACGCUUCCUCAAGAGGCUGCCCAGCAACAUCUUCACGGUACACGCUGACUAAAGACAAAAAAUCGUGGGCUGCAGCACGAUCGGAGUGUGGAAAAAAUGGAAUGGAUCUUGUAAGUUCCGAAACACCAGAAGAGGACGCGUGCGUUCGCUCAUUAAUAAAUAAAGCGGGACUGGAAGAGCAAUAUGUUUGGAUGUCUUUGAAUUGCAUAAAUGAGAAGUUUUAUAACCACUGGGCCAAUAAUGUCAACGUUACUUAUUGGACGUGGGGUCCGUCGCAACCUUCGCAGUAUCCAGCAGAGAAAUGUGCAAUUUACUGGAAAAACGGAUGGUAUGACUUGAUGUGUCCACAUGCAACCUACUAUGUGUGCGAAGGGUCCACAAUCUGAUCAAUUGUAUAAUAUGUAUAAUAAAGGGGGGAGAUUUAAAAAUUUGAUGUAAAGGCA